UAAACUAAGCUAAGCCAAGCCAAGCCAAGCCAAACCGUUUCAGCACGGUGGGGUCCCUGGGACGGCGGGAGGCCGGGGCUGCGCCCAGGGGAGCGGGCGGUGCGCGCCGCGGGGCUGGAGCCGAAGGGGAGCCGCACACGGCAGCGGCGGUGCCGCACCGGGAGCCCCUCGGGGUGCGGGUGGGUGCUGGCAGCCCUCGGGCCGGGUGACCUCUGCGCUGGGGCCCGGUGGGGACACAAGACUGGGCCCUGUCAGACGCUAACUUCACCAGUUUUGGUGAAAUGACGGGAAAUUGAAAGUUGUUAUUCCAAAGGGAGUGACCUUCGGCCAGGGCUGCUCUGUAACUCGGGGCUUUCCAGCCCUGCGCACACCCGCUGUAGCAGCUGAACAGGCCCUGUCCUCCCGCCCGAGGUGUGGUAAUCAGGCCCUGCCCCAGAGCGGCAGAAGUUCGCCCUGCGGAGGGCUGGGGCUGUGUGCGUGGCGGUGUCUGGAGGCUCGGAGUGGACCCGUGUGCCCGCAGAGAUGGCCGGCAGCAGCCAGGAGCGGAGCCUGCGGGAGGAGCUGACCUGUGCCAUCUGCUGCGAGCUGUUCAGCGAGCCCGUCAUGCUGGACUGCAUGCACCACUUCUGCCGGGGCUGCAUCCAGCAGUACUGGGACAGCUGCGCCCGCGGCCCCUCGUGCCCGCAGUGCCGCCGCCGGUUCCCCGCCCGCGCCUUCCGCACGCACUACCUGCUGGCCGGGCUGGUGGACAAGGUGCGGCGCUGCGGCUCCCAGGAGCACCGGCAGAAGAUGCAGAAGCACCUGGAAGAUGCUUUGCAAGCCCGUCAGAAGGAGAUGGAGAAGUUGCUGCAGAGGAAGCGUGUGCUGCAGGAGGACAUCUGCAGCCUGACGAAAGUGUCUGGGAAGCUGAACUUCAAGAUUCAGGCUGAGUUUGCUCGCCUUCAUCAGAUCCUGGAGGAAGAGGAGCGAGCUGUGCUGGCAGAGCUGGGUGAAAAGGAGGAGCAGUCACUGGCCCAGCUGCACAGGCACAUUGGCCAGCUGGAGGAGGGGAUGGCUGUGCUGCAGAGGGACAUUGAGCAUGUCAAGCAGACCCUGGACAAGGUGGAAGAUGUGUCACUGCUGGAGGUGGAGAGCCUGGAUAUCAGGCCCUCGGUGUGUGUUGAGACCCAGCCUGCCCUGGACCUGCAGCACUACAGGGACAGCCACAGUGGCCCCUUGCAGUACAUCUUCUGGAGGCAGAUGCUGCGCUCCAUCUGCCCUGCUCCUGCCCCGCUCACAUUUGACCCUGAGUCGGCCCACCCCAACCUGGUCCUCUCUAGGGAUCUGACAGCAGUGACAGAGACGAGUCGAGCCCAGCCUGUCCCCGCCAGCCCUCGGCGCUUCCGCCAGUGCGUCAAUGUGCUGGGCUCGCAGGCCUUCGGCAGCGGCCAGCACUACUGGGAGGUCUGGGUGGGCAGCAAAACCAAAUGGGACCUGGGUGUGGCUGCUGAGGCUGUGGACCGGGCAGCCAAGGUCAAGCUGUGCCCAGAGAAUGGCUACUGGACGCUGCGCCUGCGGAACAGGACAGAGUACUGGGCCACUGCCAGCCCCUGGGUGCGCCUGGCUCCCCGCCAGCCCCCACGGAAAGUGGGCGUCUUCCUGGACUGCCAGGAGGGCACCGUGGCCUUCUUUGAUGCUGGGGACAUGUCCCACCUCUUCACCUUCCACCAGGUCUCUGCAGAGAGAUACUGCCCCUUCUUCAGCACCUGCUUCAGUGACGGGAGGGACAACGUGGAGCCCAUGCGCCUCUGUCACCUGGUGCUGUGAGGGACGAGGGUGCACUGGGGACACCAGCCUGGCUCCUGCCUGGGGCUGUGCUGGAGGCCAGCUCUGCACACACAAGCCUGAGGGGUGUUGGAGGAGCUGUUUUCGUUUCAGUUUUGGGAGGAAGGAGGGGAUGAGUAUUUUUCCAGGUCCUGUCUGCCCUCCCUUCCCUGUGCCAUGGCUGUGGUUGCCGCAAGGCAUUCACAAGCCUUCUCCCAGGUUCCUGGCACCCCUACAAGAACAACCUCCCAUUCCUGAGCACAGCACAGUUCAGUAACAGCAAUCAUGGGGCUGCAGGGCAGGGGGCUGCGAGUUGCUGGCACCUCCUGCCUCUCUGUGCUCCCACCCAUAAGCCCCGUGGAGGAGGGCAGCGGUCCCGGGGCACCUUCGAGUGCCUCUCAACCCCACAUCCCGACCUGGCAUCCUCUGCUGGAAGAGCUUCCCCGGGCAGGCUCCGGGCCGGCAGCAGAGGGAGCCCGGUGCGUAGCCCAGGGACUGCAGCGCGGCUCCCUCACCUCGGCCACUAUUAAAGCUAAUUCGAAAGCCA